AUGACUACUAAAAUCCGCCCAAUCGUUAUGACCGGCGCGUCUGGAACGGGGAAGAGUACGUUGUUGAACCGUGCCCAGAAAGAAUAUCCAGAUGCUUUUGCUUUCAGCGUUUCUCGUAAGUUUUCAAGGGGACGUAGGGGCCUAAAAGGUACUAUUUUUACACAGUAAAUUCUAUUUUAUACCUAAAAAGCACUGUUUAUACUUAAAAAAAACUUUUAUAGACACAACACGACAACCAAGAGACGGUGAAGUGCACGGCGUCAACUACUAUUUUGUGGAUCGAGCAGAAAUAGAAAAAAUGAUCGAAAAUGACGAGUUCGUAGAGAAUGUGGAGUUUGGAGGCAACAGAUAUGGUACAUCGAAAAUGGCAAUUGAAAAUGUCCAAAAGAGCGGGAAAAUUUGCGUAUUAGAUCUGGAUCUGAACGGUGUACGAAGCUUGAAGGAUCAUCACAUGAACUUCAAAUUCAUUUUGGUUAAGGCUCCUAGCAUGGAGAUUUUGGUGGGUUAAUAGCGAUUUUUUAACCAUUCUCUCUUUUCAGAAAAACAUUGGAAAGAUACAGUUUAUAAUAGUUUUUACAGAAGUCCUACCGUCUAUGAUUGCCAUUUUUAAAUUACACAUAUUAGUCAUUUUACAAUUCCAGGAACAACGACUUCGCGGCCGAGGCACAGAGACAGAAGAAACAAUUCAGAAUAGGCUACGACACGCCAGAGAAGACAACGAAGCAGCCGAACGAGAGCCGGAUCUAUUCGAUCGGGUCAUAAUCAACAGUCAGUUAGAUCAAGCCUACGAAGAGUUCAUUAGCGCCAUACGGGAAGAGCUUGAUCAAUACGAAGCUUUUAAACGAGAAACUGAAGCCGAACAACAACCGUCGGCCGAACCUGUGUCUGUGAAUUAA